CGGAAGGAUAAAAGAUCAAUGAAUAGACUUCAAUUAGUUGGUUUUAAAGAGCAGCAUUUACAUUCAAUGCAAGACUAUUUAAAUGCAUUGCAAAUUAUUCUAAAUGUAAGUGAGAAAACAAAACAUUUGGAAAAGCAA